AUGACAAUCCCAGACACAAUACGGGGACCAACCUUCACCGGCGAAGCGUUGGAAUUUUUAUACAAAGAAAGUUUUCACGAAUCUAACGGAGGUCGGUCUGAGGUUGAUAGAUAUGUGCUUGUACUCACGGACGGAAUGGCAAGCGAUAGACAAAAAACGCUUGAGCAGUCCAAGCGACUGUCUUCUAUUUCGUACAAUCAAGUACUAGGCGUCGGAGUCGGUAAAUAUGUGUUGCAUGAAGAAUUGUUGGCAAUAACUGACACUGUGAGGAACGUUCAUCCUCUGUUUGGUGACAACACCAUCGUCAGCCUCUUGAAACGGACAAUGUUUGGGUGUGGCCGCUGCACAACAUCAUAUUCUGAUGUGGCGUUAGCAUUCGAUGUCGCAUCGUUUGGCUACGAGCAGUUGGAAGAAUCUCUGAAAGUUGCGGAAGUUCUAAUUGCAAACAUUCACACGGGCAUCAAUCAAACACGAAUCAGUCUGUCAAAAACUGUUGGCGGGAUAGGUGAAACUGUGUUUAACUUCAACAAGUUUAGUGACAGCAGUCAGAUGAUACCUGCGAUGUAUCGCGGUAUUAUGAAAGAGGAUAGCUGUCAUACAAAGGAUUGUUCAUCAGGAAAUUUAGUUGCGUUGAUGCAUCACUUGGCUGAGGAGCUUCUAAAUGUAACCGACCAAGGACGUAAACAAGUUGCUGUCGUUUUUACACAGGGCCAUGUGACGGAUUCCGAAAGGAACUUCGUUUUAAAUGAGGGAAAACGGUUAAAGGAAAAUGGUGUGAUCAUUGUUGUUGUUAGCAUAGGAAGAGAUGCCAAUGAUGAUCUGAUGCUUCAGCUGUCCACGAGUUCGUUCUUCGUAUUCUUGGUUGGAGAAGACGUAUCGACCUCUGUUGAUGUAAUCAAAGCACUCGUGUCAACAAUUGAAUAUGACAGCUGCUACGAUAUUCAGAACUAUCCCAUAUUUGACUCACUUAAUUGA